AUGCGCCUCGUCCGGCCAGGCUACAUCCCAACUGUACUAAUAGUUGUCCGACAAUGGGGCGCCAUUUUCGCGGCUUUUAUUGUCUCACACCUCGGGCUCUCGUCACCCGGCUCCCUUCUCCUCUGGCUGCGGAUCAUUGGCCUCUUUCCACACAAAUUCGCUACCCUUUUUCGCGCUGCUCCUGUUGCUACAGCUAAAUUUACUUUCAGCAACUGUGCUUUUUCUACUGCUGCCUCAAAAUAG